UUUGGAUUCAGCUUAUAGCGAUGAAGUGUCUGCUUGAAUGGCACGUCAACAUUGGAUCUAUAUUUGUCAACGCAGAAUGAAUGGACAUAGGGCGUAUCUUCCAUCUAGAUGGGCUUUCUGACUGUUUGCUCUCUUACUCAACUCCCCAUCACGAACCUUUCCUUCACUUUUUUUGGCCUUCUAGGCUUUCUUUCUCGAUCGUACCACGGUGACGUUGACCGCGCUUCAACAACCUUUUAUAGAGCAGAUCCAGGAGCAGGUGCUCCAGAACCCCUUCCGCUCCCUCAAUGUAGCAGCCAAGAAAACAACAACUUGCUCUCGCUCGCGCCAAUAUUCGCCAUGGCUUUAUUGGCAGAUAUGCGACGUCCCUUAUUGGUGGAGUGAGGAUGACAAGUGACCUCGAUGUUAUCGUUAAUGCAGACCCAAAUGAUACCCGAAACCUGCUAUUUCAGGCUCAUUCCGGAUUCAGACUGUCCCAGAGCAAUAAACUUAUCUUUAUAGAGGAUGAUGAGAACAUUGCGAUUGAGCUUCUUCGUGGCGGCAGAAAUCGACAGUUGAAAUUACCCGACGCAAAUACAGUUUCUAUUCUCUCUGUUACUGCUAUCGACCGGCCAGGACGUAUUGACAAUACUCCAAUUCCUAUCGUUACAUCCUCCGUUCUUGUCCUCAUGAAGCUCAAGAGACGGUCGUUCUUGGCUGAAUCCACCCGUUCCCAACGUAUCAGAAAGGCUGAGAGAGAUUUUCAGGAUAUUGAGGUGCUCUUGCAUUAGUUUGUUCAAAAUAAUCUUUAUAUUGAUUUUGAGGGCUACCCAGAAAAAACGAAGCAGGAUCUGCUCACUGGGGUUCG